AUGUGCGGUAAGGAAGUAAAACAACCAAAAAAAAAGAGUAAUGAAGAUCAAACAAUUAGUGAUGAUGUGAGACAUAAACAAAACCAUGAAGAAAAUGUUUUUGGACAAUGGGGGUUUUUGAUUUAUUACAUUUUAUUAAAAGAUGGAAGUGUCACUAUUAAGCCAUUCGUCAAAAAAAUAGAUAUUGACAAAAGAAAUCAAAUAGACUUUUGUUCGGUAGAGGUUGGUGGAAAAAUUUUGUCUGCAGAAGAAAUUCAAAAACAAGUAAUCCCAAUGAUAGAUAAAUCAAUUAACCAGAGAUAUUUUACAAGGACUUUACGUAGGUAUGUUCAUGAUACUAUUAUGAAUGAGGUUGUAGAGUGGUGUAAAGAAGAGGCUAGAAAAGAAAAAAUUUAUAUAUCAACAAAGUCAUCAAAAAAAGCAAAGAACGAAAACAAACCACCUAAUACUAUAAUUAAUCGUGUCACCAUUAAUGGUAAAAAUUAUGAUAGAUAUUUUAUCAGAACAAACUGUGGAAACUGGUUAAAAGAGAUUCUUGAAUAUUUGAUUCCAAACCCACCACCUAAAAAGAACACAAUAAUAAUUUCAAAAAAAACUGUUCCUCCUAAUAUAGUUAUGAAAGAUAUGAGUCUUGAAAACUUCCAAACAAAUAUAAAAGUACCAGAAAGAAAUAUAACUAAUCCUUCAACAAUAACCAAAAUUAAUGGACAUGCAGGAUAUUAUGACUUAUGUGGAGAAUUACAUUUGUGGAAUUGUCAAUUGUAUCUGCCAUUUACCAUAGAAGAUAAAUUGAAACCACUUGAUUCAAUUCUUUCACAUAGUCAAACUAAUUUAUAA